GAGUGAGGACGCCGGGCUCUAGAGCGAACGAGGAGAAGCCACUGCAAGUCCCCCACCUCUGCCACCCAGGUUGGGGUCUGCCCAGGUUUGCUCUAUGGGCUAGUGUGGGCUGCAGGCCCCUCUCUGUUUCUGCCCUGCUGCCCGCUGUCUUCCCUCUCCUCCUUGGGGAGCCCCUGCGUCCCUCCCCCAAGGUGGAAUAAGCGGGCUCAAGGCUCCCAGGGGAGAGCGAUCGCCUGGCCCUGCCCUGCCCCACACCACAUCAUGGCCCUUCUGCUGUUGCCCCUCUUGCUGGCCUCCCUCCUCCCCUGCAGCUCCUGUAACAAAGCCAACAAGCACAAGCCUUGGAUCGAGGCAGAAUACCAGGGCAUCGUCAUGGAGAACGACAACACAGUCCUGCUGAACCCACCACUCUUCGCCUUGGACAAGGACGCCCCCCUGCGAUAUGCAGGUGAGAUCUGUGGCUUCCGGCUCCACGGGUCUGGGGUGCCCUUUGAGGCUGUGAUCCUGGACAAGGCGACAGGCGAAGGGCUGAUCCGGGCCAAGGAGCCAGUGGACUGUGAGGCCCAGAAGGAGCACACCUUCACCAUCCAGGCCUAUGACUGUGGCGAGGGGCCCGACGGGGCCAACACCAAGAAGUCCCACAAGGCGACUGUGCAUGUGCGGGUCAACGACGUGAAUGAGUUUGCUCCGGUGUUUGUGGAGCGGCUGUACCGCGCUGCAGUGACCGAGGGGAAGCUGUAUGACCGCAUCCUGCGGGUGGAAGCCAUCGAUGGUGACUGUUCCCCCCAGUACAGCCAGAUCUGCUAUUACGAGAUCCUCACACCCAACACCCCCUUCCUCAUCGACAAUGAUGGGAACAUUGAGAACACAGAGAAGCUGCAAUACAGUGGUGAGAGGCUCUACAAGUUUACAGUGACGGCUUAUGACUGCGGGAAGAAGCGGGCGGCAGAUGAUGCCGAGGUGGAGAUCCAGGUGAAGCCCACCUGUAAACCCAGCUGGCAAGGCUGGAACAAAAGGAUUGAAUAUGCACCAGGCGCCGGGAGCUUGGCUUUGUUCCCUGGUAUCCGCCUGGAGACCUGUGAUGAACCUCUCUGGAACAUUCAGGCCACCAUUGAGCUGCAGACCAGCCAUGUGGCCAAGGGCUGUGACCGCGACAACUACUCAGAGCGGGCACUGCGGAAACUCUGUGGUGCUGCCACUGGGGAGGUGGAUCUGUUGCCCAUGCCUGGCCCCAGUGCCAACUGGACGGCAGGACUCUCGGUGCACUACAGCCAGGACAGCAGCCUUAUCUACUGGUUCAACGGCACCCAAGCUGUGCAGGUGCCCCUGGGUGGCACAGCUGGGCUGGGCUCUGGGCCCCAGGACAGCCUCAGUGACCAUUUUACCCUGUCAUUCUGGAUGAAGCAUGGUGUAACUCCCAACAAGGGCAAGAAGGAAGAGGAAACCAUUGUGUGUAACACUGUCCAGAAUGAGGACGGCUUCUCUCACUACUCACUGACCGUCCAUGGCUGCAGAAUUGCCUUCCUCUACUGGCCUCUGCUUGAGAGUGCCCGCCCAGUCAAGUUCCUCUGGAAGCUGGAGCAGGUCUGCGACGAUGAGUGGCACCACUAUGCUUUGAACCUCGAGUUCCCCACAGUCACACUCUAUGCUGACGGCAUCUCCUUUGACCCUGCCCUCAUCCAUGACAAUGGUCUCAUCCACCCACCCCGGAGGGAACCUGCUCUCAUGAUUGGGGCCUGCUGGACUGAGGAGAAGAACAAAGAGAAAGAAAAGGGAGGAGACAACAGUACGGACACCACACAAGGAGACCCCUUGCCGAUCCACCACUACUUCCAUGGCUACCUGGCUGGUUUCAGCGUGCGCUCAGGCCGCCUGGAGAGCCGUGAGGUCAUCGAGUGCCUCUAUGCAUGUCGGGAGGGGCUGGACUAUAGGGAUUUCGAGAGCCUGGGCAAAGGCAUGAAGGUCCACGUGAACCCCUCGCAGUCCCUGCUCACCCUGGAGGGGGAUGAUGUGGAGACCUUCAACCAUGCCCUGCAGCAUGUGGCUUACAUGAACACUCUGCGCUUUGCCACGCCUGGCGUCAGGCCCCUGCGCCUCACCACUGCCGUCAAGUGUUUCAGUGAAGAAUCCUGUGUCUCCAUCCCUGAAGUGGAGGGCUAUGUGGUGGUACUUCAGCCUGAUGCCCCCCAGAUCCUGCUGAGUGGCACUGCUCAUUUUGCCCGCCCAGCUGUGGACUUCGAGGGACCAGAGGGGAUCCAUUUGUUCCCCGAUCUUCAAAUCACUUGCUCCAUUUCGCACCAAGUGGAGGCCAAAAAGGAUGAGAGUUGGCAGGGCACAGUGACAGACACUCGCAUGUCGGAUGAGAUCGUGCACAACCUGGACGGCUGUGAAAUUUCUCUGGUGGGGGAUGACCUAGACCCCGAGCGGGAAAGCCUGAUCUUGGAUGUGGCAUCCUUGCAGCAGCGAGGGCUGGAGCUCACCAACACAUCUGCCUACCUCACCAUUGCCGGGGUGGAGAGCAUCACUGUGUAUGAAGAGAUCCUGAGGCAGGCUCGUUAUCGGCUGCGACACGGAGCUGCUCUCUAUGCCAGAAAAUUCCGGCUUUCCUGCUCGGAAAUGAAUGGUCGUUACUCCAGCAAUGAAUUCAUAGUGGAGGUCAACGUCUUGCACAGCAUGAACUGGGUUGCCCACCCCAGCCACGUGCUCAGCUCCCAGCAGUUCCUGCACCGUGGUCAUCAGCCACCCCCUGAAAUGGCUGGACACAGCCUGGCCAGCUCCCACCGAAACUCCAUGGUCCCGAGUGCAGCGACCCUCAUCAUUGUGGUGUGUGUGGGCUUCCUGGUGCUCAUGGUCAUCCUGGGCCUUGUUCGCAUCCACUCCCUUCACCGCCACGUCUCGGGGGCCGGCGGGCCCCCAGGGGCCUCCAGUGACCCCAAGGACCCUGACCUCUUCUGGGAUGACUCAGCUCUCACCAUUAUUGUGAACCCCAUGGAGUCCUACCAGAACCGGCAGGCCUGCGUGGCGGGGGCUGCUGGUGGCCAGCAGGAGGACGAGGACAGCAGUGACUCAGAGGCCGCUGACUCCCCCAGCAGUGACGAGAGACGCAUCAUUGAGACCCCCCCACACCGCUACUAAGGCCUACACCCCUCCUCAAACAGAGAGAGUUUUGCCCUGGUGAGAUAGAGACACCCAGAAAAGUGAGGACAUUCUGAGAGAAGAGAGACCAAGAGGGAGAGAGCUCUUCAGAAUGAGUUGUCCUUUAAUCUCAAAAUCCCGGUGGGCGCCACUGCAGUCCGCCCCACCCCUUCUCCUCCACCUCUGGGCUCUUCUUAUUCUGGUGUGGGAGACUGUGGCUGCCUUUUCUGCCCCUGAUGGCAGCCACCCCCUUAGCUCACCCUUGUCUCUGUCUCUCCCCCACCAGCUGUGCGCUGUGCUGGGUGGAGUGUCAGUAGCAUUGGUGGGGGCCAGGGGUGGGAUUGAAGGAAUCUCUGUGCUCUGCCCUUCCCUACUCUCCUGUCCAUGGAGGCCUUUCUCCCCCAGGCUCCCUCAGCUGGGCCUUCCUUGCUUCUCUUAUGAUCCCCUUACCUCUCUUUCCAUUUCACUCUGGGGAUCCCUGCUUCUUCACCUUGCCCGCUUCCUUCCUUUUCUGUCCUUUUUCCCUCCUAUCCUUGCCUGAGGUCCUACAGCCCCUGCCUCUUCCUACAUGACCUGGUUGUGGCUAGGUUGAGGGGGUGGGAGGGGGAGCGGGGUCUCGGGUGUAUUAUAUAUAAUGUAUAUUUUUUCAUGUUGUCAUGUGAGCGCAGCCCCUGUGUUCCGUGUGCAGCUCACAGCCUUGCGUGUGUGCGCGUGUGGCAUCGUCAUGUCCUGGGGUGGGGGUAGGGGGAUGGGUGUGGUAGGGAGGAGACACACCCUUGGGUUUUCAAAUAAAA